AUGGCCCGUCUUGAUGCCGAGUCGGAAACUAAGCCCCGUGGUCUAGAACUUGCGAAAAACCCAACCCUGAAGCAAACCAACGUCAAGUACACCCGGAAAACAAUUUCUGUCACCAAUGUUCGCGGCAGCGAGGACAUUUUCAAACUCGAUAGACAAGGUUUCCAGCUUGGUCAGCUGCAGAGUAAGCUAUCGUACGAGGACUUCGCAUCAACGGACUCCAUUGUAAACCAAUAUUACGAGGAAGUCAAGGCUUUCCUCAAACAGAAUACGGGCGCGGUUGAGGUGCUGCCGUUCGAUUUCCAGGCUAACCAAACUGCGAAAGCCGCCGCUCGGCGCCUGUGCCACUUCCAUCGAAGCUUUGCGGACCAGUAUGCCGGCCGGCGGUACCAGAUUGUGAAGUUAUUUGCUCUGACGUCCCCCAAAGAUAUGACAUCGCUGACCAAAUCUCCCAGUGUUUGGAAGCCCCUCCGUGGACCCGCAUACGACUCCCCUCUCGCGGUUUGCGACUACAGAACCGUCAAGCACGAUGAUCGAGUUCCCUGUGACAUCAUCUUCCCCGACUACCUCGGCGAAACCUACAACUUUUGGCCCAAUCCUGACCAUAGAUUCUACUACAUAGACGGCCAAGAAGCGAAUGAGACAUGGAUGAUCAAAUGCUUCGACUCAGCCACCGCCGAAAAUCCAGAAAUUACCCAAUGUGCGACGCCCAUUCCCAUACCUUUCGCUCUACGCUGA